GCUUCUUACACUGCUACAACGUGGCGCCUGUGAAGUUUUGUAUAGGAUUCCGAAUACCAAUGAUCAAGUUGAGCGCUCCAGAGAACCCUUCAUUAUUAUUUGCGUCAAACCAGACGUAAUAUAGAGAGACAAGACAAGGUUCUCGUUCUGCUGGGGUAACGGACCAAGACUGGCAGUGAGAAGUUGUCCGACGUCAGAGACUACUCCCCCAAGUGCACAGCGCGACGUAGAGGGCACACCAUGAUGGAGAAGCCUCCAUUGCCUAGCGAUGAGGAGGGUACUAGGAUGGGAGAGAGUCGGUCGGAGGCGGAGCUCCUGGUCUUGGGAGUGCAGGGGACCUCCGGGGGCGUGGCGUCGUCUGGGGAUGCAGACGACCGCCCGGCGUGGGACAGCAAGCUGCAGUAUGUACUGGCUCAGGUGGGCUUCAGCGUGGGCUUGGGGAACGUAUGGAGGUUCCCCUACCUCUGCCAUCAGAACGGAGGAGGCGCGUUCAUGGUGCUCUAUGUCAUGCUGUUGGUGGUGGUGGGGGUUCCCCUGUUCUUCAUGGAGCUGGCUGCGGGCCAGUGCAUCCGUCAGGGCAGCAUCGGUGUGUGGAAGCACAUCUCCCCCAAGCUGGCCGGUAUCGGCUACUCCAGCUGCAUGGUGUGUUUCUUUGUGGCUCUCUACUACAAUGUCAUCAUCGCAUGGAGUCUCUUCUACAUGGGCAACUCCUUCCAGUAUCCUCUACCCUGGGAGCAGUGUCCCAUCAACAUGACCACCAAUAACACUGUAAAGGAAUGCUCAGGUAGCUCCCCAACCUCGUACUUCUGGUUCCGGAAGGCUCUAGACAUCACAGACUCCAUCGAUGAGUCUGGUGAGUUUAACCCCAUCAUGACGGGCUGUCUGCUGGCUGCCUGGGCCAUCGUCUGUCUAGCCAUGAUCAAAGGCAUCAAGUCCUCUGCCAAGGUGAUGUAUUUCUCCUCAGUCUUCCCCUAUGCUGUGCUGUUCAUUUUCCUUGUCAGAGGCUUGAUGCUGGAUGGAGCCAUGGAGGGAAUCGCCUACAUGUUCUACCCUAAAAUAGAAAUUUGGGCUGAGGUGCAGGUGUGGCGGCAGGCAGCCACACAGGUGUUCUUUGCCCUGGGCCUGGGCUACGGCUCUGUGAUUGCCUACUCUUCCUACAACCCCAUCCACAACAACUGUCACCGUGACGCGCUCAUGGUCUCCUGCAUCAACUUCAUGACCUCAGUGCUCGCAUCACUGGUGGUGUUCGUAGUGCUGGGCUUCAGGGCCAAGAACAUUGUCCUGAACUGCAUCACCCAAAAUCUGGGCCUGUUAAACGACAUGGCCACACAUGGAAGCAACCAUCACUGGUGGCCGUGGUUCAACAUGUCUGAUCCUGCCUCCGUCACCAUACCUGACUACAGAGAGUGGUACCAUCACUACGGCUCCCAGGUGGGGACAAACAUCACCGACUGUGACCUGGAUGAGGAGAUGAACAAGGGUGUGGAAGGGACGGGCCUAGCGUUCAUUGCCUUCACAGAGGCCAUGGCCCAGUUCCCUGCCAGCCCCUUCUGGUCCACGCUCUUCUUCCUCAUGCUGCUCAACCUGGGCAUGAGCACCAUGUUCGGCACCAUGCAGGGGAUCCUCACCCCCCUCAUGGACAACUUCAGCCUGCUAGGACGCCACCGGACCAUGCUCACUGUGUGCAGCUGUGCUCUGGGCUUUGUGAUCGGACUUUUGUUUACCCAGCGCUCGGGGAACUACUUUGUGAUGAUGUUCGAUGACUACUCUGCCACCCUACCCCUGAUCAUCGUGGUGGUCUUUGAGACAUUCGCUGUGGCCUGGGUUUACGGAGCUGACCGCUUCUUGGAUGACAUUGAGAUCAUGCUGAAAUGGCGCCCCCCGGUGCUGUAUAAGUACCUGUGGAAGUACGUGUGUCUGUUUGCUAUGGUGGGCCUGCUGGCGGCAAGUCUACUGCGAAUGGUCUUCAAACGACCGACCUACACAGCCUGGAACCACACCACGGCAUCGGAGACAACUCUGGAGUACCCAGGCUGGGCCCUGGCCAUGUUGGCCAUGCUGAUCCUGGCUGCCACCCUGCCUGUCCCUGUUGGCUACUUCCACUCCUGGCUGAAGAACCGUGGCAUGGGCCCCGAGGGGGAGCUCGCGGGCCAGGAGAUAGACCGAGAGAGGUACACCAAGUGCAACUCCAGAGACGCCCUGGACUCCAACUCCCAGCAUACCCCUUCGGUGGAGGAUGAUGGCCGACCCAGGGCUAGCUUCCUACCACUAGGCCUCGACCACUACAGACUCCUCCCACAACAGGAAGAUGUGGAGGAGGAGGAAGAGGAUACGAUGUGAGAGGGGUUUGAGAAUCGAGGGACGAAGAGAGGAGAGUGGCAGUGGGAAAGAGAGACCCACUUUAGAGAGAGAGAGAGAGAGAGAGAGAGAGCGUCUCUUGACUGAAAUAGUGGAAAGGACUCCACUUAUAUCCCCAGACUUUUAAUUGAUAAUGAAUCUUAAUAAUGUAUUACAAUGUAUAUGACCGUUUAUCCAUAUUACCAAAGAAACCUAACAUUAGCACAAUGUAAUAACUUGUAUCCUUAGUGCCAACGCACACCUAUCAGUGGCCUAUCAUAAGUGACCUAUCAUAAGUGACUUAUCAAACUUGACCUAUCAUAAGCGAGCUAUUAUAAGUGACCUAUCAUAAGUGACCUAUCAUAAGUGACCUAUCUAUCAUAAUUGACCUAUCAUAAUUGACCUAUCAUAAGUGACCUAUCAUAAGUAACCUAUCUAUCAUAAGUGACUUAUCAUAAGUGACCUAUCAUAAGUCACCUAUCAUAAGUGACCUAUCAUAAGUCCCCUAUCAUAAGUCACCUAUUAUAAGUGACCUGGGGUGGCAGGUGGUUAGAGUGUUGGGCCAGUAACUGAAAGGUUUCUGGAUCGAAUCCCCGAGCUGACAAGGUAAAAAUCUGUCAUUCUGCCCCUGAACAAGGCACUUAACCCACCUUUCCCUGGUAGGCUAUCAUUGUAAAUAAUAAUUUGUUCUUAACUGACUUGCCUAGUUAAAUGUACUAUUUAAAAAACCAAUCAUAAGUGACCUAUCAUUGUACUGCUAAGUACUGUAAGAAGUGCCUUAUGGUUCAAGUGCUGUAUUAACACACCCAGGAUCCUAUUCCUUGAACUGUGAUGACAGUUUCAACUAGCUGCUCACAGGUAAAUGAUAUGUAUGACUUGUAUUCUUGGGUUUCUUGUAGUUUGACUUGAUUCUGCUCCAAAGACACUUAUGAAGGUGAGGAGUAUUGAGGGAAGCGAAGGACUUUAAAGUCCAGCUUGUAUAUUGCAUAGUAAUACUCUUGUAAGACAAGUAGAGGCUCUGAUCCAGAGAGCCACGAAAUAUAUAUUUGAUAUAUUCUGAUAUGCAGUUUUUUUAUUAGGGUGCUAAACUUAAUUCAAGAAAGUAAGGAGCUGAAUUUGGGGCAAAGAUUGGUGAAGUUGUGCAGUGGUACUCGGUAUGACCAGUGACCGCCCAUAAACAAAGAUCCUGCAAAUGUAACUUCUAAAGGAUGUUUAGAAAAUAACAUGCCUUGUGUCUGAGGUUUUACUAAGUAGUAUGUGAUGGUAGUGAGAAACAGCACAAUCCCCAUAGCUGUGUGUUAGUAGUGUUAUUAGUAGUGCACUGACUGAAAGGGAACUUAACAUUCACAUCAUCUCCUGAUGCCUAUUGUUGCCUCUGACCCAACGUGUCUGUCUGUCUGUCAGAGGCCCCACCAGGGGGCAGGUCACCAGGCAGAACCAGUGAGCUAGGGAGGCCCCAUCAGGGGGCUGGUCACCAGGCAGAACCAGUGAGCUAGGGAGGCCCCAUCAGGGGGCAGGUCACCAGGCAGAACCAGUGAGCUAGGGAGGCCCCAUCAGGGGGCAGGUCACCAGGCAGAACCAGUGAGCUAGGGAGGCCCCAUCAGGAGGCAGGUCACCAGGCAGAACCAGUGUGCUAGGGAGGCCCCAUCAGGAGGCAGGUCACCAGGCAGAACCAGUGAGCUAGGGAGGCCCCAUCAAGGGGCAGGUCACCAGGCAGAACCAGUGAGCUAGGGAGGCCCCAUCAGGAGGCAGGUCACCAGGCAGAACCAGUGAGCUAAGUGUCUAAUAAUAUAUUUUGUACAUAGUUUAUAUCCAGUUCAUAAGAAACACUUACUUGAAACAGGAAUUGCAUUUUUUAAUCUUACUUUCAAUGAUCUGCAACUUUACCUCCCUUAUGAUCUAGAGACCAUGGUGCAAAGUCUCAGUCCUCAAAGCAGACUACUCCUUUAACCUGGUCACACUGCCGUUCUGAUCCUAACCAUACUGUUCUGGUUCUACUCCUUUAACCUCGUCACACUGUCGUUCUGAUCCUAACCAUACUGUUCUGGUUCUACUCCUUUAACCUCGUCACACUGUCGUUCUGAUCCUAACCAUACUGUUCUGGUUCUACUCCUUUAACUUCGUCACACCGUCGUUCUGAUCCUAACCAUACUGUUCUGGUUCCACACCUUUAACCUCGUCACACUGUCGUUCUGAUCCUAACCAUACUGUUCUGAUUCUACUCCUUUAACCUCGUCACACUGUCGUUCUGAUCCUAACCAUACUGUUCUGAUUCUACUCCUUUAACCUCGUCACACUGUCGUUCUGAUCCUAACCAUACUGUUCUGAUUCUACUCCUUUAACCUCGUCACACUGCCGUUCUGAUCCUAACCAUACUGUUCUGGUUCUACUCCUUUAACCUCGUCACACCGUCGUUCUGAUCCUAACCAUACUGUUCUGGUUCUACUCCUUUAACCUCGUCACACUGCCGUUCUGAUCCUAACCAUACUGUUCUGAUUCUACUCCUUUAACCUCGUCACACCGUCGUUCUGAUCCUAACCAUACUGUUCUGGUUCCACACCUUUAACCUCGUCACACUGUCGUUCUGAUCCUAACCAUACUGUUCUGAUUCUACUCCUUUAACCUCGUCACACCGUCGUUCUGAUCCUAACCAUACUGUUCUGGUUCCACACCUUUAACCUCGUCACACUGUCGUUCUGAUCCUAACCAUUCUGUUCUGGUUCUACUCCUUUAACCUGGUCACACUGUCGUUCUGAUCCUAACCAUACUGUUCUGGUUCCACACCUUUAACCUCGUCACACUGUCGUUCUGAUCCUAACCAUACUGUUCUGAUUCUACUCCUUUAACCUCGUCACACCGUCGUUCUGAUCCUAACCAUACUGUUCUGAUUCUACUCCUUUAACCUCGUCACACUGCCGUUCUGAUCCUAACCAUACUGUUCUGAUUCUACUCCUUUAACCUCGUCACACUGUCGUUCUGAUCCUAACCAUACUGUUCUGAUUCUACUCCUUUAACCUCGUCACACUGUUGUUCUGAUCCUAACCAUACUGUUCUGAUUCUACUCCUUUAACCUCGUCACACUGUUGUUCUGAUCCUAACCAUACUGUUCUGGUUCUACUCCUUUAACCUGGUCACACUGUCGUUCUGAUCCUAACCAUACUGUUCUGGUUCUACUCCUUUAACCUGGUCACACUGUCGUUCUGAUCCUAACCAUACUGUUCUGAUUCUACUCCUUUAACCUCGUCACACCGUCAUUCUGAUCCUAACCAUACUGUCCUUUCCAGGCCAAUUCAGCUCGGCUCGGAUCAACUCCAUAGUGUGAAAAUGACUGUUUUUUCAUCCUUGCCUUGUUACCAGAGAUUGAUUUAUCGCUGAGAAACUAGGUGUGUGCACACGUCAGCCAAUCAUUAGUUGAUCAUAAGUACCAGGGAGAAACACUAACCUAGCAGGACUGUGGAUGUCGAGGGCCUGAGUUUAUGCACCCUUGAUCAAGACAAUCAAAUGUUACUGUAUUUCUCAGUGUUGAGUUUACUAAGGUCAACUGUUACUGUAUUUCUCAGUGUUGAGUUUAUCCAGGUCAACUGUUACUGUAUUUCUCAGUGUUGAGUUUACCCAGGUCAACUGUUACUGUAUUUCUCAGUGUUGAGUUUACCCAGGUCAACUGUUACUGUAUUUCUCAGUGUUGAGUUUUCCCAGGUCAACUCAUUGAUCCUGCCUGGUGAGUUUACCACCCAGCUCUGCCCAUUCAUGUCAUUAGAUAUAAACUGGGAUUUCUGAGCGCUCUGCACAGCUAUAACCAUCAAAGCAAAGCUAGUAGCAGCAAUGGAGACUGCAGAGAGAACAGAAUCGUCCACAGUUACAACUCUGACGUAGACUUCACAAUGAUUGUACAAACAUCAUCAUGGCAACACAGCAUGACUUAGGCCUUAUUAGUAACUGUAAUGAAAUAACAAAUGUAAUGAUUUAAUACCAGACAUGCACCCAGUUACAGACCUCUUCCACUGCUUUUCCAUUGAAAUAGUGUUUGAAAUUAGUAUUUGAAAAAAAUAAUUCAUAUGAAAAAGGGAAUCCAAAAGUAGUGACAAUUCCAAAACUUGUUUACGACCCUGUUAUGACAUGGUAAUUACAAAGCUUAUUUCAUUGGUAGUUAAUAUGGUAUAACAAGGCAAACGCCUAUAGUGUCAAGUGUGGCCGGAAACAUUACUGUACUAGAAGGAUUGGUACACUUGUAGUCCCACAGUCAAACACACUCCAGGUCAGGGAUGGGCAACUCCAGUCCUCCAGGGCCUGAUUGGUGUCACACUUUUUCCCCGUCCCCAGCAAACACACCAGACUCCAAUAUCAUGAUCUUCAGUUUACAACGCAAUUAGUUUAAUCAGCCGUGUUUGCUAGGUGUGGGUGAAAAGUGUGACACCAUCCCUGCUUCAGGGGAAUGGAGUUGCCCAAUCCUGCUCCAGGGGAAUAGAGGUGCCCAUCCCUGCUUCAGGGGAAUGGAGUUGCCCAUCCCUGCUUCAGGGGAAUAGAGUUGCUCAAUCCUGCUCCAGGGGAAUAGAGGUGCCCAUCCCUGCUCCAGGGGAAUGGAGUUGCCCAAUCCUGCUCCAGGGGAAUAUAGUUGCCCAUCCCUGCUUCAGGGGAAAGGAGUUGCCCAUCCCUGUUCCAGGGGAAUGGAGUUGCCCAAUCCUGCUCCAGGGGAAUAGAGUUGCCCAUCCCUGCUCCAGGGGAAUAGAGUUGCCCAUCCCUGCUCCUGGGGAAUGGAGUUGCCCAUCCCUGCUCCAGGGGAAUGGAGUUGCCCAUCCCUGCUCCAGGGGAAUGGAGUUGCCCAUCCCUGCUCCAGGGGAAUGGAGUUGCCCAUCUCUGCUUCAGGGGAAUAGAGUUGCCCAUCCCUUCUCCAGGGGAAUAGAGUUGCCCAUCCCUGCUCCAGGGGACUGGAGUUGCCCAUCCCUGCUCCAGGGGACUGGAGUUGCCCAUCUUUGCUCCAGGGGAAUGGAGUUGCCCAUCCCUGCUCCAGGGGAAUGGAGUUGCCCAUCCCUGCUCCAGGGGAAUGGAGUUGCCCAUCUCUGCUUCAGGGGAAUAGAGUUGCCCAUCCCUUCAACAGGGGAAUGGAGUUGCCCAUCCCUGCUCCAGGGGAAUGGAGUUGCCCAUCCCUGCUCCAGGGGAAUGGAGUUGCCCAUCCCUGCUCCAGGGGAAUAGAGUUGCCCAUCCCUGCUCCAGGGGACUGGAGUUUCCCAUCCCUUCUCCAGGGGAAUAGAGUUGCCCAUCCCUGCUCCAGGGGAAUAGAGUUGCCCAUCCCUGCUCCAGGGGACUGGAGUUUCCCAUCCCUCCUCCAGGGGAAUAGAGUUGCCCAUCCCUGCUCCAGGGGACUGGAGUUUCCCAUCCCUUCUCCAGGGGAAUAGAGUUGCCCAUCCCUGCUCCAGGGGAAUAGAGUUGCCCAUCCCUGCUCCAGGGGACUGGAGUUUCCCAUCCCUUCUCCAGGGGAAUAGAGUUGCCCAUCCCUGCUCCAGGGGACUGGAGUUUCCCAUCCCUUCUCCAGGGGAAUAGAGUUGCCCAUCCCUGCUCCAGGGGAAUAGAGUUGCCCAUCCCUGCUCCAGGGGAAUGGAGUUGCCCAUCCCUGCUCCAGGGGAAUAGAGUUGCCCAUCCCUGCUCCAGGGGAAUGGAGUUGCCCAUCUUUGCUCCAGGGGAAUGGAGUUGCACAUCCCUGCUCCUGGGGACUGGAGUUGCCCAUCCCUGCUCCAGGGGAAUAUAGUUGCCCAUCCCUGCUUCAGGGGAAUAGAGUUGCCCAUCCCUUCUCCAGGGGAAUGGAGUUGCCCAUCCCUGCUUCAGGGGAAUAGAGUUGCCCAUCCCUGCUCCAGGGGACUGGAGUUUCCCAUCCCUUCUCCAGGGGAAUAGAGUUGCCCAUCCCUGCUCCAGGGGAAUGGAGUUGCCCAUCUUUGCUCCAGGGGAAUGGAGUUGCACAUCCCUGCUCCUGGGGAAUAUAGUUGCCCAUCCCUUCUCCAGGGGAAUGGAGUUGCCCAUCCCUUCUCCAGGGGAAUGGAGUUGCCCAUCCCUGCUCCAGGGGAAUAGAGUUGCCCAUCCCUGCUCCAGGGGAAUAGAGUUGCCCAUCCCUGCUCCAGGGGACUGGAGUUUCCCAUCCCUUCUCCAGGGGAAUAGAGUUGCCCAUCCCUGCUCCAGGGGACUGGAGUUUCCCAUCCCUUCUCCAGGGGAAUAGAGUUGCCCAUCCCUGCUCCAGGGGAAUAGAGUUGCCCAUCCCUGCUCCAGGGGACUGGAGUUUCCCAUCCCUUCUCCAGGGGAAUAGAGUUGCCCAUCCCUGCUCCAGGGGAAUGGAGUUACCCAUCUUUGCUCCAGGGGAAUGGAGUUGCACAUCCCUGCUCCUGGGGACUGGAGUUGCCCAUCCCUGCUCCAGGGGAAUAUAGUUGCCCAUCCCUGCUUCAGGGGAAUAGAGUUGCCCAUCCCUUCUCCAGGGGAAUGGAGUUGCCCAUCCCUGCUUCAGGGGAAUAGAGUUGCCCAUCCCUGCUCCAGGGGACUGGAGUUUCCCAUCCCUUCUCCAGGGGAAUAGAGUUGCCCAUCCCUGCUCCAGGGGAAUGGAGUUGCCCAUCUUUGCUCCAGGGGAAUGGAGUUGCACAUCCCUGCUCCUGGGGAAUAUAGUUGCCCAUCCCUUCUCCAGGGGAAUGGAGUUGCCCAUCCCUUCUCCAGGGGAAUGGAGUUGCCCAUCCCUGCUUCAGGGGAAUAGAGUUGCACAUCCCUGCUCCAGGGGAAUGGAGUUGCCCAUCCCUGCUCCAGGGGAAUGGAGUUGCCCAUUCAUGCUCUAGGGGAAUGGAUGACAAAAAGUGAGGGAGACUGAAAGACAGAUACACAGUCCUGGGUUCACUAAGGCCUGAGGGUCAAGGACACACCCUGAGAUAGAUGAACUGCAGGAACGCUGGGUUGUAGUGAUUAGGGCACAGCGUAGAAAAACGUUUUGAAACUAAGAACAAUUGUUUUUUAUUGUUCAGGUAUCCGUCCCUGUUUCAGUCAGUUUUCUUCCCUUUGGUGCAUAAUAAACACUACCCUGUUGAGACAGUGAGAGGCCACAUUGUCAUCGAGAAUCCGCACUCCAGACAAUCAAGGCAGCUUUGUGUUUGUUUUUGUGUGUGAGUUCAUUACAGCACAAUCUUACCAACACCAAAGAAGUUUGCAUGCAGUGUUUUACUGUAUAAUGUGAAAAAGCUUGUGCUAUUAUGCUGCAAUUUCAGCUUAGCUUGAUCCAUGUUGAGGAUGGGUUUGCAUGGACACCACAUUGGCCUUGUUAGCUCCCUAGGAACUGUGAUUAUGUUUGUGUGUAUGCCUCUGACUGAAUCAAUGUCAGUGUAAAACUGAGUGUGUGUGUGUCUGUCUGUCUGUCUGAAUAUAUAUAUGUAUGAGUUGUUUUGAAAGAUGUCUUACCUCAAGUAUGUAUGUUUUGUUGUCAAAAGAGGGGAUUGUACUGUAUAUACCAAAUAAAGCAUACUUUUGAACAGGUGA